GCAUUAAUUUGUGACGAGGUUUUGUCUUGAAAUUGUUUUAUUUUCUUUUUGAACACUAAAACUACCUUGGCAUGCAAUUGAAGAAUUAAAAAAGAAGAAACAAAAUGUAAGUUAUGUCAAGGCUGAACGGCACCUUUGAACCUUCUGGCUACCUCUGAAUGAUUUCAACGUUUAAAUAUUCUCGACCCAUUGAAUCGUAAGUGUUGCUGUGGUUUCCAAUCGACUGGUUUGUUCCUCCUCAACCCUGACUUUAUGAUGUGUGAGAUAAAUUUCUUAUGAAUGAAGCCUUUCAUUACAUAUCCAAUAGCCUCUGGGGCCGACAUGUUGUCAUUCAUUCUUCGCUGAAACAAAAAGAGAUGACAGGUCAAUUUCUUGAGAGGCAGAAAUGAGAGCUUCUCGAUACCUUCGUUCAAAAAGACUCAGCUUCCGGAAAAAGUGCGGUCUCGCUGGAUAAUGAGAAAUCACUGGUGCCGCGAACUUUGCCGGCAAUAAGCGACCAUAGAGCGAUCGUACAGCAUUCUCUGUAGAAAUCAAUACCAUCAACAUAUUUAGCCAUGGAGAAUGUGAAUAUUUUCAUACAAACGAUCAAAGAAACGACCUGCAAACUUAUUUACUAAGUCGAACGGAGGGCUCUUGAAGGAUUCUUACCGUUCCUGUAAUGGCAACAAACUGGGAUAAAGUCAAGUAUAUUUCUCGCGUGAGACCAGACACUGAUGGUGGGUUGUUCGAUGAUUGCAACGACUCGUUAGACGAAUGCGACGUGCGAGUGAAAAUUAAUGAGGUAUUGAGAGAAACAAACGAAAAUGGCUCGGGAACACAUGCUCAUCGUUUGCAUCCGUCUUCAACUCAUCUCCGAACGAAUUUUAAGCGAAAUUCUCGCGAGGCAUUAUACUUGUCAGUUCCACAAGACAUCGGAAGAAGAAACGUUGUGCAGAAGAGUUCAAGCGAAGUCUCCAUUGUGAAAACCUCUCUAAGGACUAGCAUAAGCAUGAAUUUAUUACCGCACUAUGGUUCAGAUUUAAAUGAGGAUAUUCCGGCGCGACCACAACCUUGUGUUAAAACGAACAGACGGGCGUUUGUGAAAGAUUUGUUUCUCAAACAGGAGGAGGGUGAUUGUUAUUUCAAAUUGAAGUCUGGUGACUAUGCAGAAAAUGAGAGAGAAACACUCCACACUUUAUCCAGAAAAGGAAAUACCGAAGAACUCAGAGCAUUCCUUCAGCAGAAUGAAGAUAUCGACAAAAAGGACAGUUAUGGUAAAACAGCCUUGCACUGCGCAAUAUCAGCGGGACAAGUCAAUACUGUAAAGUUUCUCCUCCACAAACAUGCAAACCCAAACCUCAAGGACCACAGAGAAGAGGCAGCACUUCACACCGCAGUGCGUACCGGGAACGUGGAAAUGGUUGAGGCUUUGCUAAACCACAAGACCACCAAUGUUAACAUUGAAGGACGCGGCAAGUACACUCCGCUGCAUAAUGCCGCUCAUUUGGAACACCGAAACGCGCUUGAAAUUUGCCAAAAGCUGCUGGACUGUGGGGCUAAAGUUACGGCAAGGGCAAUUGAUCAAAUGACACCACUCAGUGUAGCUGCCCAGAAGGGAUCAGCGGAUAUUAUGGCCUUGUUCUUCAAAAAAUGUCACGAAGUCCAGAGGGGUACAAAACAGAAGCUGGACCUUCUUUAUGGCGUGGACUCUGAAGGAAGCUCUCUACUGCAUCUUGCUAUAGACAGCGGUGUUUUAAAGGCUGUUAAACUUUGCUUGGACCAUGGUUGCUCUGUGACAGCUGUCAAGCGGUUAAAUGGUGGCACUCCUAUCCAUUUGGCCUGCCGUCUCGGUGCGCCAAUGAUUCUUCAGUGUUUAUACGAACAUGAUCCAGCGGCUUUCCAACACGCUUUGUUGGACAAAGAGUUCAUGACACCUCUACACAGGUGUGCCAUGUAUAAUCAUAUCAGUGUUGUCCAGUUUCUCGUAGAUCACGGGGUAGAUCUAAACCCUCGUGAUCGCGAGAAAUGCACCCCUCUACUGUUAGCAGCAGCUCAUGGUUGUUCAGCAGUUGUCUCACUGCUAUUAGAAAGUGGAGCGGACGUUACUUCCGAGGAUGACAAAAAACGAACCGCGCUGCACUGGGCAGUAGGACAGGACAGAACUAUUGAACGACUUCUGAAGGAUACACGGGUGCAAGAACUACAACUCGUUAAUCAACAGGACAUCACAGGGGCCACAGCUCUCCAUUAUGCUGCCCAAGGAGGUUUCCUAAAGAGUGUACUCUUACUUCUAAAGAACGGAACUGAUGCGAGUUUGAAGAAUAAUAAACUUGAAACUCCUCUUCACUUAGCGGCCAGUCAUGGCUGGCUACCGAUCGUCAAGAAGUUGAUGGAUGGUCGACAGACACGUUUAAUGAAUGUGGGCAACUUAAACGACCAUACCCCUCUCCAUUUGGCUGCUUCUAACGGCCAGGACAAGGUCGUCAAGUUCCUUUUGGACAGAGGAGCUACAAUUGAAAGGGAUACAGACGGCCGGACACCUCUACAUUUCGCCGCAGCUAAAGGAUCGCUGAAAAGUGUUCAAUUGAUCUGCUCUUCGAGUCCGAACUUUAUUAAUGUCGAAGACAACCCUGACCAGGACACUGCUUUGCACCUGGCCGCCAAAAAUGGACAUGCAGCCAUAGUGACGUAUCUCCUAUCCCAUGAUUCUCAAAAUGUAACGUAUAACGCUUAUAACCAGAAUGCAUUGGAUGUUGCGAUAGAGGCUGGAAAAGAACCAGUCGUGACAUGCAUUGCAGACCAUUUACGGUGGAGGGAAUUGUGUCAUAGAGUUGAAGAAGGCUUUACUCAACUACAGAGCCUUAUUAUGAAGAUGCCAUUGGCUGCGGAGAAAUUUCUUGAUAAAUGUGUUGAGGAAUCAGGAGAUAAAGAAAAAAGUGAAGAUUAUUCGAUAACGUACGACUUUAUGUUGCUACAAGGCAUGCCGGACCUCAGGAAACACGAUCCCAAGAAGUAUCUGGACAGCCUUCAUACAAUGGUGAAGUACAAACGAGUCAACUGUUUAUCACAUCCUGUAACAGGAGCGAUCAUGAACAUAAAGUGGAGGAGUGUGGGAUGGAAAGCCUAUACAAUGAACCUAGGAUUCUACAUUUUGUUCUUAGUCAUGCUGACCAUAAUGACUGUUUUACUUGAAGACGAAGAAAAGGCAACUUCUCUUCUUGACAUUCCACGCUUCACAAUUGUAGUCAUGAGUCUGUUCCAUCUGUUGAAAGAAAUAUUCCAAAUAUGGGACGAGAAAUUCAAGUACUUGUUGAAGAUAGAUAACUGGAUGGAGUGGUUUUUGUACAUGACAAGUCUUGUCUAUAUGUUCCAAUACAGUGGAAAAAUGGAUCCCAACACUGCAAAAGAUCAUUAUUCGUACAGCCUGAAGGCAGUCGCUGCUACGGCCAUAUUUAUCGCUUGGGUUAUAUUUGUGCUUUAUUUAAGAAGGUUCUCGACGUUUGGUAUUUAUAUAAUAAUGAUGACAAAUAUUAUCAAAACGUUAGUUAAGAUCAUUAUCUUGUUCAUUCCCUUUGUAAUUGCUUUUGGCAUUCCUUUUUUUCUUCUGUUACGAGAAAGAUUUAAGGAUGAAUCAAACGAAGCAACGCAAUACUUAUUUGACCGUCUUCCUUACUCGUUGUUCACAACUUUCAUGUUGAUUCUUGGUGAAAUGAAAUACCCGCAUACCGUGUUCAAGUAUCAACCGAUACCCUACCCGUGGAUAAGUUAUGUUGUGUACAUCAUCUUCUGUGUCUGUAUGCCAAUCAUUAUCAAGAACCUCUUAAUCGGUCUAUCGGUUGGUGACGUUAAUAGGAUUCUACAAUCUGCAAAAAUGGAACAGCAUGGAAUGCAGGUUGAAUUGCUUCUAGAAUUAGAGAGAGCCACACCCAGGAAAGUUCUUAGAAAGAUCUAUGUCGCAUUUUGUGUGGAAUACCCCAACAAAAAGCGUACAUGGAGACAAAAGUUGGUAGAAUUUGGUUCGCCCAAGAGACACACAGCAAAUCAACAGACUUAUGUCAAUCCCGCUCUGGUUCAGAUCAGUGACAAAGUUACUAAACUAGCGGAAAAAGUUGAUCAACAAGAGGACAAGUUACAAAAUAUUAUCCGUUUGCUGGGAAGACUUGAUCAAAGAUUGACCGAAAUGUCUCCGGCUGGAAAACCAUCAACUUCCGCUACAGAUGAAAAGCCAGCUCUCGCGAGAGAGACUCCGAUGGUUCCGUUCAACGGUUAUGCGCAGGAACGUCAAGCUGCAGGAAUGACACGUAGAACGUCAAUGGUAAAAACAGAAGAAUUUAAUUCCAUGAAAAGGGAGUGAACGUGUGAUAUUGGAUGGUGUCUUGUAGACUAAAAUCACAAGUCCAUAUUGCACCAUUCUGCUCACACGCUUUCAUGGGAUUGUUUCUAAUUUCUCCUUUUUCGUCUUGUUCUGCUUUCAUAUUCUAAAGAGUAAAGGAAUCCCACCGAAUCACCUGACUCAGUUAUAUCUUGUUGUUUAUUGCUCCAAAGACGUUCUGAAAUACCUAAGCUACUAUGCUUAGUUCCUUUUUUCAAAAACCUAACGUUUGUUUUACCGGUAAACUCAUAGCUAUUUUAUUGCUUUUACUGGUUUGGUAACGCACCUGGGAUGUUGGAGGAACUCCUUCACUUCGCUGUUGUCAACUCUCGCUUUUCACGCCUGUCUCUUAAAUAAAAUGGGUAGAAUAUCUUACUAUGCGAAAUUUUGUUUCAGGAGUCAACAGUUUAAGCCAAAUAAUCUCCGUAGCCCAGCUGAUGGUGCUAGUACUGACAACUACUGACAUAGCCUAAUUGUCUUGGCAUGAAAUUUUGGUGCAAAAACUGAAAGAACUCGUCAUUCAUGAACUCCGUCAGUUUGAUUUCAGUGGAAGCAACUUCCAAUUAAAAAAAAGUGCAGUUUAACCGAUCAAGAAAUGGCGCAUGGAGUAUCGCGGUGCCGAAGAUUCAUCGGAAGAAUUCGGAGAGCGCUGGUUCCUUAUCUUGACGAAAAGGGAACUGACUUUUACAUGAUGUAAACGAUUCAGUCUUCGGAUCCUCAAGACAGCACUAAAAAAUACGUGGGAGAGAAUAUCAUUAGGCUUAAACAUAAAAAAUGCAAUUUUUAGGUUUCUCUUCAAAUCAUUGGAAAUAAAAAUUUAAAGAAUCAA